CCAAGAAGAAACAGGAAAGAAAUACUCAGAAUUUGUUAUCCUAUUCAUCUUUUUUCUAAGGCAUCCAUCAUGGGAAAAGUUAAGGCUUUCAAGCAGGGACAUUCCUUCGAGGAACGGCUGGAGGAAUCAAAAGCUAUGCUGGCGAAAUACCCAGAUAGAAUUCCUGUCAUUAUCGAAAAAUAUUCAAGGACAGACCUUCCUGAAAUGGAGAAGAAAAAAUUCUUGGUUCCUCGAGACAUGUCCGUGGGGCAAUUCAUCCACAUUUUAAGUAGCAGGAUACAUUUGGAUCCUGGAAAAGCCCUCUUUGUAUUUGUUAAGAACACAUUACCAGAAACUGGGCGUCACAUGGAUUACAUCUACCAGUCAUUCAAGGAUGAUGAUGGAUUUCUGUAUAUGUUUUACAGCACUGAGAAAACUUUUGGCUAAGGGAAUCUGCAUUUGGAUCUAUUUGUUAUUUUUCAUCUGUCCCAUAAUUUAAUGUUUGGGGAUUUAUUGUUGUAAAAAUAUCUCUAACCCCAUAAAAUAAAAUUGAAUAAAUGAGAAAGAUACUU